UUCACUAUUAUAACGUCUAUAAAACUGUUUGAGAUUUAAAUCGUUUUAUUCAGUAUGUGCUACUCGUAACUAAAAGGUUCAAAAAUGUACAUCGUAUUACGAUACAUUUUACUUCUCCAAUGUUUGAACAUCAUAAAACGCGGCCAAACAAAGAUGCCAGUAUAUUGCAUGGAGUCACUAAACACCAGCGACUGUAAGCAAACACCGAAAAACGUGUUCUCCUACUACAAGCUGGGCUCCAGGUGCGAGUUAGAGGUCUGGAGGGGCUGCCCCAGCUCCAAUAAGUUCGACACAGAAGAGGAAUGCUCGGACACAUGCAUCUUCAGAAAUAUUGAGGUCGAGAUAAAAGAAACAAAGCAUAAGGAAAAUGAUAAAUGUUUAUACACGGAGGAACUAACGGAGUGUGAUGAAAAGUUGCAUCACGUGUUUAAAUACAGCCCAGUAUUGAAAGACUGCGUGGAAGUGGAGACGAGCUGUGUGUCGCCGAAUGUGUUCGAAGAGAAAUUAGAUUGUAUCGAAACGUGCGUACGGGAAUUAUCGUGGGAGGAGAAACUGAAACUGACAUCAGACAGACAGAUAAAGGAACUUGAUUCCAUACUCGAGAAUUUGUUCAAUGAAACGACAGGUGAUGGAGACUCAUCACAGAGUAUAGAAGCCACGGAGGAUGGGAAUACGUCCUAUACUGGGACAUCCCCAACGCUCGCAGGAAAUUCCACUAAUGACGGUGACAAAACUCCAGCGACAGAUCCGGCUAAGAAGCUGGAGGGAGAUGAGAACACGAGCAAUACAACCGGCCUCAAUAAUAACACAGUAACUACACUAGAAGAGAUUAAGAAAAUGAACGCUCAAGACAACGUGGAAACUGAACAGUCUACAGAAAAAGCAACUAGGAAAGCAGGCACGGUGCCCAUGGUAGAGAUUAAAUAGCACUCACCAAGAGUAUAUACCGUCAAACUAAACACGGGCAAUUUACCAUUUAUAUACCUUGAUACUUUUUUCUGCUAUAGAAAUAAAAAAUAAAAAUUAUCUAUGUUUCGUAUGCUAAUGCAAAACUCUAGCUCAUUUAAUAUCUUCCACAAAAAAUAUAUCGGUUUUGAUAAUUAAUUUUUGGUGUCAUUUCCAAAUAUAUAAAUACAUUUCUCGUUUUAUUAA